CUGUUCCUCGAUUGCAUCUUCUGAGCUUUCCUUGCUUCGCCGCCAUAUUCCGUGCUCCGUCUGUGGCUCUCCACCACUAGAUCUGCCACGUGGCCCUCGAUGGCCACGUUACACGACGACAACGACGCGGCCACCCCAUCGUCCGGCCACCUUUACAAUCCGUACGCCGAUCUCUACCCUAACCUCGACGCGCGAUCGAUCCAGGGCAUUUAUCGCCUACCCGACGCGCCCGAGUUUCUCUUCACGGAGGAAGCGGCCGUGCAGCGGCGAAGCUUCGGCGACAAUCUCACCUUCUUCACCGGCUGCGGGUACCUCGGCGGGGCACUCUUCGGCGGAAUCCGCGGAACGGCGGAGGGCCUCCGCUCGUGGGAGGCGGGGGAUUCCGCCAAGCUGCGCGCGAACAGGGUUCUCAACGCGGCGGGGUCGCGGGGGAGAUCCGCGGGGAACGCGCUGGGGAUCGUGGGGCUGCUGUACUCGGGGAUCGAGGGCGCAGCGUAUCACUAUCGCGGAGGCGUGGACGAUCCGUGGAAUGCGGUGGCAGCAGGGCUGGGCACCGGCGCGCUUUAUAAAGCCGCGGCGGGGCCUAGGACAGCGGCUAUCGCGGGUGCGGUUGGGGGUAUAGCGGCUGCUGCGCUGACCGCGAGCCGACACGUGGCGAAGCGCUACGUGCCUAUAUAGCUGACUGAUGUUUUAGGUCUUAUAGUUGAUAUUAUUCCCUCUGCUUCUAGCGUUUCUCAGCGACGAUCACUUUUCCAUGUGUCCCCCCCCACCUUUUCUGAGGCGCUUUGAAGAUCCUCCCCGCUCCACUAUUUGCCGAUAAAGCGCUGCUGGUCUUUUUCCGCUGCUGCUCGCUAGUGCCGCGGUCUGGUCGCUCCUGCGACCCGCGUUUCUCCCAUACGCUGCUGCGAUUUGCGGCCUGAUCGGGUACCGGUGGCAAGGGGGAGAGUCUUUUCUCCUCAACGACUGUUUCGAGGCACCUGUUUCUAAACGCCUGCUUCGAGACACCGUACAGCAAGCUGAUCUGCUACUGGCGCGAGGGCGGUGUAGCAGAGCUUGUAUCGAAGCAGAGCUUGUAUCGAGGAGAAUGGUGUAGAUUGAGGAGGAUCUAUCGCGACCUCCUCGUCGCGCCCCUCCUCGUAGAUCUAGAUCCCACGCUCCUACUCCGCUCCGCUCACCAGCUCUCUUGCUUCGCUACGCUCCGCUCCAGCCACCAGCCCUCUUACUUCGCUGCGCUCCGGUCACCAGCUGUCGCAGCUCGCUCUAGGUUUCCAGGCACGUCAGCCAGUUGACUCCAGCAUUCAGUCGCUUUCCCGGGCCCGGGGUUUCAGGCGCCGUCAGCCAGUUGCUCCCGCUCUAGAUCUUCACGUACUUGACUGCCACGUGGCAGUCAGUUGCUCCCGUCUUAGAUCUACACGUUCUUGACUGCCACGUGGCUGCUUAGCGUCAGCUGCGAGUCCUGUUGACGUCGUUUCGUCCUGCUGUUCCUGGAUUCGCUUCUGAGCCGAGUAGCGGGUUGUCCAUGGUUUUGCUCUUAAGUUGAGAAGCACACACUCCCUGGUUUCUCCCAGGGCGUGGCGUCGGUGGCGGAUCGGUGCGAGGAGGACCCUUGGAAGCGGCGGAUGGAGGUUCUAGGGUAGGGAAACAAUGUGGGGGCAGGGGGAAGGGGGGAGGGGGGAGGCGGGGGGGGGGGGAGGGAAUAAUUGAUUUGCCUUCAAGGCCUUUCUUUGGUAUCAAUUCGGAGCUGGGAGAGCGAGGAAACCCAGGAAAGCAUUUACAGGGUGGGGGUUGAAGGGUUGUGGGCUUGGGGGAGGGCGAGGGUUUAGGGACGGCUGCAAGCUUGUAAUGGGAAUCAGUUCAGGGGUAGGGAAGCCCUUGAAGGGACUGUGUGAGGGUGUAGGGCAGGGAACAAUGCGGUGGAGGGAGGGGGUGGGGGAAGAAGAUGGGUUAAGAGAGAGCAUGGGGGGUUUUGAGGGCUUGGAUGGGGAAGGAAAGGGAAGUGGUGGGGAGGGGAAGGGAAGGGGAAGCAUGGGUGGUUGGGGCUGGGAGGGAGCAGGGGGGAGGGGAUGAUAUGGAGGGGCAUGGAGUAUGGAGAGAGCACAGGUGGUGAGGUGAUGGAUGGUGGAUGGACGGUGGAUGGACGGUGGAUGUACGAUGGAUGGACGAUGGAUGGAUGAUGGAUGGAUGGAGGAUGGAUGGACGAUGGAGGCAUGGUUUAGUUGUGCUUGUGAGGGAUAAGCAUGAAGAGUGGAGAGAACAAAGGGUGGCCAUGAUCUAGCCUGGUGGAACCAAGCGAAAAAAGUCAGCGGAAGACUUCACACCUUGUGUUCGAAAUGUCCGAAUGAUAAGGAUAAUAAUAAUGAGUGGUACAUGCAUAUUCAUAGUCUAGGGAGAAACUAGUC